AGGUUUCCACUUGACUCGCUGCAUCUUCCCCUAUUCCCAACCUUAUCCUUUAUUCUCUUGGAGAGCACUGCACCCCUAUAUAGUCUUUUAGUGUUUUCCUGUUUACAUUAUGGGAGCGACAGCGUGUUGCCCUACCUUGCGAGUUCCUCUUGCAAGUGGGUAAUUUGCUUUUUCCAGUACUGCGUCUGAUCUUAUUUUUCUCCUCCAGUAAGAACAUUACUACAGCGCUGCAAGCAUGGUAGGAGUCGCGGUAGAGGUGCGCCUUCCCGAUGGGGCGGAGGUGUACUUCUCCAAGGUUUCGGAGCUGUUUCCGCCCGCCCGCGACAGCAAGACGAGCGAAACUCCGCUACGCUACCCCGAACACUUUAACAAGUUGCGGCCUCUGGACAUUCUGGUGGCGAUCAAGCGGCGCCUGCACAAGCUGCGGGAGCACACGCAGCACUUUUCGUCGACCCUGUCGCCGGAGAUGCACGAGGAGUUCGGCAAUUUAGUUCGCGAAGACCCGACGGUGGUGCGGCUGAUUUUGACCACACCCUUGCACUGCCUCCGGCUGUACAACAACAACGCGGAGUCCAGCUUCUACGGGCGGGUCUUGGAUAACAUCACGUUCCUCGGCCACGCCAGCAGUCUGGACUUUCUGAACGGGCUGUGCAACAGCAACUUGUCUUUACCCGAAAACGCCGACAGCGUGCAGGGCUUGAUCCAGCGGGGAAGCAAGUCCAGCGUGGAGGACUACAUCGGGGCUGGGGACAGGAACAACAAGGCGAAGAGUGCGAAGCCGCUCGUGAUGAAGCUCGCCAUCAUCGGGACCGGGCUCCGGAACGAGAACGAGUCGGCGCCGGACUUCAUCCGCUACGUGAUUCGGAAUCGAAGUUUGCUUUUCGUCGACCUAGUGGGGCUGUGUGAUUCCACGCAGACCUACCGGAGGCCGUCGUUGUUGCCAGGAGCGGAUGCCGCAACGUCCCCCGGGGGCAUAAGCCCGAAAGCGGUAUUGAAUUUUUUCUUGGAUUGUCAUGUGUGAAGCAAGUAGAUCAUUUCGUGCAAUUCAGAUUUUGAAUGAUGAUGAACUAAGACUCACACAACAAAGAUGCAUCGAUUUGUCGAAACAUACAAACAGGCGCUGGUCCAGGGUGCAGAAAUGGCGCUGCUGAGCAUCGCAGGCGAUGAACUAGCUUCACAGGAGUUCCAGUCUGAGGCGUCUCCUCAGAGUAGCGGAGUUCCCCCGAGGCCCACUUCCGCGAAGACACUGACCCUAAGCGAGGCUGCGUUUUACGUGACGCAGUUCGAGCGGCCGGAGGUGUUGGAUCCGCCGAGCGACAAGUUGACCGCCACGAGCGUGUUCGCUGAUCUGGAGGGCAUGCACACGCCCGGCAUGACGCAGGUGGAAAAGCUGCCGCAGCCACUGCUCGUGGAAAAAUCGGCGAACGACGUCCGCGCGCGGCUGGAGCAGUUCUGGGAAACGCAUCUUUUGAAUCGCCAGAUCCUGCUGGCCGCGACGCAGAACGACGCGGUUUCCGCUGCGGCCGUGGCCACGAACUCGUGGAAACUGCUGAACGAAGUGGAGGGAACGGAGGCGAUGCGGCGGGUGGCGAAUUUGAUGCUGACCGGCGACUACGUCGUGCAGUGUUUGGAAGAUUACGAGCGCACCACCGGGAUCUUCACCGUCGAAAACGAGGACAAACUGCACAGCAACGUUGGCGACCGGUGGAAGGUGACUUUAUUGCAGGCGUUCCGCGACGAAGAGGCGGCGUUGAUGAGCGUGCUGGAACUGCUGCCCAAACAGGGCUCCACGGCGUUGCAGGCCGUGCACCCGGAGCACGACGGCACGAUUCUGCACGACGCGGUGCAGCGGGGGUUCUACGCCGUAGUCUACUGGCUGAAAAACGAGCGGCCGGACGAGUUCUACCAAAUGUUGGGACAGGUGGACCAGUACGGCUACACGCCCCUGCAAUACGCCUGCGAGGAGGGCGCGCUCGUGAUGUGCGAGCUGCUGUGGGCGGUGCCGGACGACGAGAGUCCUGUGCAGCCGCUGGGCUCCUCCUACCCAGGGCAGAUUGCGAGCGCGCUGAACAUGCGGGUGCCCACGAUGUCGUUCACGCGGGAAGCGGCCAUCAACCAGGGCUCCGCCUACCCCUACUGCGUGCACGGGCGGACGCCAUUGCACGGCGCCUGCUUUUUCGGUUGCAACGCAGUAGUGAAGGCCAUCCUCGCCCACCCGCUCUUCUUGUCGAACCAGGCGGCGCAGCUGCGGGAUCUGCCGAGUUCCGAACCCAAGCAGGACCUGCUCUUUUCCGCCUACAUGGUGGACGCCCUCGGCCGGAACCCGCUCCACUGGGCGUGUCUCGGGGGCCACACAAAAAUCGUCGACCGGCUGAUCAACUGGGUCUUGGACCUACCGCCGAAAAAUGUUGACACAAAGAAGUCCCUUGUGUCCGUGCAGAGUACUAGCAAACCCACGGCGGACGAACCUCAGUCGGAAAGUGCUGGUGCCCUUAUUAACAGCCGCGAGGUUUCCAAAAUGAGCCAGGUGUCCUCGAGUGGCACAAAAUCGCCGCCCUUCCCAGGAGGGGCCCCCGCCGCCGGACCAACGCCUGCUGCGUCGCAGCGGUUGGCGAAACUCUUCGCGGCCCGGGACCGCGACGGGUUUGGGGUCAUUGACUUCGCGUGCGGGUCCGCGGGCGCGCUCGACCGCGAGCGGUGGUUUGUGCGGGGGGCCAGUCAGCAAGAGCUGCGCGUCGUCAUGCCGGGGGUGGUCGUAUCGCAGGGCACGGACGCCCUCGGCGUGUGCCGCAUGCGUUGGGCGGCGCGGGAGCAAACCUCGUUGCUGCCUUUGGGGGAUCUCGGCACUACGGGUUUGCUGCUGAACAUCAAGUACCUUCUGGCCCAGUUCUUGGCGCAGAUCCCCGGGCUCCACGCCGCAAAGGGUGUGCUCACGCUCCCGGAAAUCGGCCGCGACCCGCUGCCCAGCCACUGCAAGCAACUGGCGGUCGAGCGAAACAACGCGAACCAGAGUACUUCUGGGAAUAAAACCGGCGCAGCGGGGGCGAAAAGGGGAACAACAUCCGCGCUGAUCCCGAGCUCCCUCUCCGAUUUCAUCUUGGAGGACGGGCUGACGCCGGCACAAACAGGUGCACAAACAGAUGAAUCCGCGCGGCGAGCCGCGAUCGUGUUGGAAUCCUACCUGUGGUUGAACGAGCAGCUGAACCCCGUGGAUACAGGGGCUUUUGAGUACAGUCCUGAUGCGAAGUACUACCCGGAACGCUUGAUCGACGGAAACAGGCUGCCCUCGUCGUUGUCCCUGGUGCUGGACCGCAUCCGGGUACUGGACUUGGAUGUGAAGGGGCGGGUUUCGCCCCACAACGACUUUUCUUCAUUCACAGGUCGCGUUUUACUGUUGCACCACUCGGGCAACGCAACGAUGUUGAGGCUGCUGGUGCGGUCGAGUUUGAAGCUGGCGUUUUCGAACGACGCCACGCUGCGGGCGCAGGUGAUGUUCGCGCCGAGCUUGGGCUUGCGGCAAAACUUCGUCGACCGCUGCCUGUUCAACGGGCUGGUCGGCGAGGACGAAAAAACGCUCGUUUUAGCGGAGUUUUUCAAGAACGUGUUGCAAAACGUCACCACCCUUCCUUUCGACCCGGCGGUCACAGUGACCCCUCUCGACAUUUUGACGCAGAAUAGCGAGAAGAUCAACCCUCGGUCAGCGCAGGUGCAAGCCGCGCCGCCGGUAGCCGCGGGUGAUAAGAAGAAAGGGGGAAGACCAAGUGGACCAACAAGCGCGGCACGAAAAACGCAAACCCCGGAACAGCUCGCGGCCGCGAACUCGUCUCUGCUACUCACGGCCUUCCUCUCCCACCCGUUUUGGCGGGGCAGGAUUGUGAGUGACGGGUUGAUCCCCGCAGCCGUGCGGAAGGCCGACAUUGGCUUGCUGUCCACGGUGCUGCAGGCGGUGCAGAAAAACAUUCUAGAGGAUAUAAUCGCGAAGCAGGUCUGGGUGCAGCCACCUUUGAAUGCCGAGAACCCCGAGAUCGACAUGGAAAACACGAUCAAGAAGUGCGCGGGCGCACUGGAGAUGUGCCUCCGCGGGUUCUGGCCUGCGGUGAGCAACCGCAGUCCGAAAGUGACCGGGGUUUUCCCGCCCAAUUACCUCUCGAACACCAUCAUGGCGGCGCUGCUCGACACCGCAGCGAACCCGGAGGCGACGGGCAGUUUGCGGAAUCUCCUGAGACAGCUGAUCAGUUUCUUCCUGCACGACAUUCUAGACGCCUUCUGCCUGCAAAUGGAAACGGAGUUGAAGGACGUGCCGCAAUUGUCCGCGGGGAAACGGGACACUUUAGGCGAAGUGGCCCGACGCCUCUGCCUCCAAACCCAAACCAGGUGCAUGCUCGACCUCUGCCACCCGGCACCGGUGGAAUCGCUGCUCUCGCGCAUGAUCGGGCAGACGGAGUUCCCGCACAAGCGCACCAAGCACUGCCAAUCCCUGCUGAAGCAGCUGCUCGCGGUGCCCUGGGUGGUGCACGAGAACCCGUUCACGGCAAACAAGCUUUCCCUCUGGCGGCUGGACGAACAGGCGAUCUCGUCCUUGCGACAGGCGCAACUGAAGGCGCUGCAGGACCGGGGCACGGAAUUGCUACCGGUGAAGACGGAACUUAUCACGGGCUUGGUGCCGGGAAACAAUGCCGCGAACAACUUGUUUGGUACAGAAGUGUGCUGUUUCGAUUUGUAGUAGGACGGAUAGAAUAAGUAAAAAAAAACUGUGUGCUGCCGGUAGUUGUCAGCAAGACAAUUUUUUUAGAAUGCAAAGCCAAAGCAAGCCAAAUUGAAAGUUUUUACUUAGGCAUUGGUCGCGGUAACUGUAAAUGAUCAUUUGAAUGAGAUAAAAAAGGACUAGACGAGCUUGAGCCAAAUCUCUAUCCACAGGCACUACUAGUAACGGCGGUUCCAAGAGCAAAUCGCCAGCGCGUCGUGGUUCGGUGGAGACAGUUGAGGAACUAAAGCAGACGGCUGCGGACAUGAAUACAAACGAAUCCAAUCUGGAUCUAUCGUCACCCAAGACUGCCGCGAAUGAAAAUGAAAACACGACGUCUCUUGCACAAUCGGGAACAGUGGGAGCUGCAGCUCCGGCACCGGUUUCCUGUUUCGCCGGGUUGAUUCAAAGGAUCUGUGGGUCUAGCAGCGCAGUUGCGUCAAGUGGCAGCAAUUCGGCAUCGGCGGAAAAAAACAGCGACGUCUUCGUGUCCGCGUCUAUUGCGCUGAAGGCGACCAUGCUGUACGAGGUGGCUUUGGAGGCGCAGAGGAUAUCGUGCAUCUACGUGCUGGACGAGAGAAGCAGAACCGUCUUCCACAACCUAAUCCGAAAGUUCUUGAGAUCCGCGUCCGAGGAGCAGUGCGCCGUCAGCUGUUUGCAGUUCCUAGACGAGGAGGCCGAGCGCGCGAAGGAGGAGAAAGACCUUGACCCAGAACAAAAACUGCAGAUUUUCUCCCGCCCACGCAGCGAAGGGUCAUCUGCGCUAGUCGAGGAGACAGGUGUGAACAAACCUCUAGAGCAAAACGUCGCGGAACAAAUAGCAGCUUCAAGUGCAGCUUCGAAUAACAGCAAACCCCCACCGGGAAAGAAGAGCGUUUUGGAAUACAGAAUGGCUUCCCUCGCGGGCAACGUCGUCAACCUCGACAGCGGGAAUAAUGCCGGAGUAGAAACCAAGGUCGUCGACGCCCACAGAAGUAUCGAGCAUAGGUUGUCGGUCGGAGCGCUGCUCUUCCACCGGCUCUGCGACUGCAUCCAGGAGCCCUUGAUUUACGGCCACCAGGACGGAGAGACAGGGAACACGAUUUUUCAUUACUUGAUGCAGGAGUCGGUGAACGAAGCGACUGCCGUCUUACUUUUGCGCGCUUUGACCCCGUCCACCGCCGUUGUCGUCAGGUCAGGGGUGUUGGCCGACAUUUUGCAAACGCGAAACCGCUACGGACAGCUUCCCGUCGACUUGGUGCCCAACGGGACCAGGGGAGACCGCAUGCGAGCGGAGCUUGCGAGGUUAGAGGAACUUUUGAAGGCUCAGGCUGAAGAGGAAAGCAAUGGCACGAACGGCGCUGCCAGUCCCGCGGAAGCGUGAGCGGGAUGGAAAAAAUAGUCGGGGCCUGUUUAUGCAAGGCCACCGAGUAGAAGACAUAGCAUCUUCUUCCCAUGAGCUAGAAACCUUGGCCAUACUGACAGAGUAUAACACACCGUCGUGGCGUAGGAAAUGAGCACCCAAAUUGUAGUACUUAUAUCCCACCAGUAAAACAGUGCUAAGCAUAAGCGUGAGAACCUAAUAAUCCAAGCGCCACACAUUCGUUGAAGCGCGAAAGAUACUGGGUCCCGCGGCCUGGGACCCAGUGCUGAAAAGCAGUGCGCAUUCCGACGUUUACAGUAAAGCUUCAACCAAUAAUCCCCAUAGUCUUUUGUCACAAUCGAACCCGUUGACCAAAAUCAUGAAUAUGACACGCACACGCACAUCCAUUACAUACUACAAACGGCUCUUCUUCCUGAGCGAUCUACAGCACAAGAUCAAACUAACAAUGCUACUGUUCACCAACUGUAAACGAAUAUUUCAAGGCGCAUCGUGCGUGU